CUCUGAAACACCAUAUCCACCUAUCAUUUUUGGAUUGUACCUUGAUAAGAGCCUCAAACAUGAAGCAAAGCUGACCAUGAAAUCGCACUUCCUAGCAAGGUUUCUUUUCACUUUAUUUCUUCUUUUCUUCUCUGAUUUCCUUCAACAACCACAAUCCCAUUUUGAUUUCUCUUAAAACCCACUUGAAGAAGGAAAAAAAUGUCCCUUUGUUUCUCUUUCAAUGGGUUCACUCUUCAUUCAACGAAGGGCCAACGCUAUAAAGCUCGAAUCUUUUCACAAUGUAUCAAUCAAGGUCAGGUAAUCUCAAUCCCUAAUUCCUUGUCAUUUGAUCGAUUUGAGUUUUCAAAGUCGUUUGAGUUUAGAAGACAUAGAUUUAGUCCCAUUGGAGCUUCAGCAACAACUGUGGAUGAAACGACUUCAUCCUCAUUUAGGAACAAAAACCCAAAAGAUAUCAACAUUGUUGUGGUGGGUUCAACUGGGUAUAUUGGGAAAUUUGUGGUUACAGAGUUGGUGAACAGAGGAUUCAAUACUAUUGCAAUUGCUAGAGAGAGAAGUGGAAUUAGAGGUAGAAGUAGCAAGGAAGAGACAUUGAAUCAAUUGAAAGGGGCUAAUGUUUGCUUCUCUGAUGUUACUGAUUUGGGAAAGUUGGAGGAAUCUCUGGAGAGUUUGGGCGUUCCAAUUGAUGUUGUGGUCUCAUGCCUUGCUAGUCGAAACGGCGGUGUGAAAGAUUCCUGGAAAAUUGAUUAUGAGGCAACUAAGCAUAGUCUUCUUGCAGGUAGAAAGUCCGGGGCAUCGCAUUUUGUGUUGCUUUCUGCAAUAUGUGUGCAGAAACCGCUCCUUGAAUUUCAGCGUGCAAAGCUGAAAUUUGAAGCUGAAUUGAUGGAAGAAGCCAAUAAGGAUAAAGGGUUUACUUAUAGCAUAGUAAGGCCAACAGCAUUCUUCAAAAGUUUAGGGGGUCAGGUUGAGUUGGUGAAAGAUGGGAAGCCUUAUGUAAUGUUUGGAGAUGGGAAGUUGUGUGCUUGCAAGCCUAUUAGUGAGCAGGAUUUGGCAUCGUUUAUUGCUGAUUGUGUGUUGAACAAAGAUAAGAUUAACCGAAUAUUGCCAAUUGGUGGACCUGGGAAGUCAUUGACACCAUUGGAGCAAGGGGAGAUGCUGUUUAGACUUCUGGGGAAGGAGCCCAAGUUCUUGAAAGUGCCAAUUGGGAUAAUGGAUUUUGCCAUUUGGGUUCUUGAUUCCCUUGUUAAGGUCUUUCCGGCAAUGGAAGAUGCAGCCGAGUUUGGGAAAAUCGGAAGGUAUUAUGCGGCUGAAAGUAUGCUGCUCUUGGAUCCUGAGACUGGUGAGUAUAGUGCUGAAAAAACGCCAAGUUAUGGGAAAGAUACACUGGAAGAUUUCUUUGAUGAGGUUCUUAGAGAAGGGAUGGCUGGCCAAGAAUUAGGAGAACAAACAAUCUUCUGAGCAGCCUUGUUCAUCACAAGUCUGUAAAUUCGAGCGAUUAGUUAACCAGUUUUGUAACAAGGCUUGCUUGAAGCUGUGAGGUAUGAACUUUCCGAUUCUUCUUAAGUUCAUGUAGGUCAGCAACAUUUGUGGGCUAAAUACUUCUGUAAAC